UUACUUAUCCUCUACUUGUUCCAAACCUGUGUGAGUUUCUUCUGCUGAAUGGAAAUGAAGAGAAUAGGCUACAGGGUCAAAAACAGCCACACUCUUAAAAAUGAUGUGUUAAAAAUUUACACAAAAUAUGUGUUAAACAGUUCAUAACACAUUUUGUGUUACUGCAGACACAUUGUGUGUUAAUAUUGUGCUUAAGUGUUUACACAAUGACUGUGUUAAACACAUUUAAACAGUAUGUUGGAAUAAAAUACAUUUUUGUCUGGAGUCAAAUGGCACUGUGCUAUGUGUUUAUGUAGUUUAUUUAUCAUAAUGGUAAUAUAAAAUAAGCAUUUGUGAAAAUGUGGCUGAAAAUUCUGUAUUUCGGGAUUUAUGCUGUGUAUUUGUGCACGCGCAUGCGCAGUGACGUUCUUUUUCAACCGUCGCUCUCCGGGAGCUCUGUCGGAUAAUGCAUCUCUCUGCCUCAGGUGAGUGAAAUUAAUUAAAAUUCGGCUACGAUAGUAAAUAUUUCUUCCACUCUGCGUGAGAAUGUUUUGUGUUAGUUGUCCAGGAAGUUAUUUUUGUUACUUUUAUUAUGUCUCCAUGUUUCAUACUCCAAAUACACGGGUGACUUGGCAACUCGGUCAUGUACCAUUAACUUUAGCCGCCUAAGCUAACGCAUCUGGCGCGUCUUUUGCAAAGCUGCGUUGGCACUCGGCAGAAUUGUUAAUAAUAAGUUACAUAUUUAAGGUGAAAGACUGACCCUAAAUAUGUAUUGCAUUUUGGUAUGAGAGUUGCCGUCACUUUAAAAUCUCCGGCUUCGCGUCACUUUAAAGCCUCCGCAUCACUGACACUGGAGGUAAAUUAACGAUACCGGACACAAUUUAUACAUUAACGUUUUAAUCAUAAUGUUAUUUGAUAUAAAACAUAAGAUGCCGCUUUGCGGCAGGAAUUUGAACAAGAAUGCCUUUCCAUAACAUUAGUUUGGCGCUUUGUACAGACACCAAAUGGCGCCGCUGUGUGAGCAAAUUCAUAAACAAUAUCUAACGUUAAAAUAUGAAGAUCUUUAUUGUAAUUAACAUUGCGCGCCAUUUUGUGCUAACCGACUAGUCAUAUACUAUUUAAAAUGUGCUUUUUAUUGUCAUACUCAUUGUUACAUGUGUUUGUUUUCUCAUUGUGCUUGUAUAUACAUGGAUUUCUCUCUCUUUUACUUAGAUGAUGGAAGUCGAGGAGCAAAUUACAGUCACUUUAACAGUUUUACACCGAGUUCUUGCAACUGUCUUCAUAGACAAAAAGGAAAUUUGGAGAAAACUAUUCACAGUUGGCAGUGUUGGAGAUCUGAUAGCCUCAGUCAAACCUGAACUGUCUCAACAACUAUCUCUUGAUCGAAUAUUGAAAUUUGACACAGAUUUUCAAGAGUUCAUUGACACUGAUGUAAAUGCAGGAGUACAGGAGCUUGACAAAUUUCAAAUGUAUUAUAUUGCAAGCAACACCCCGGACUCAUUAGAAAGAAGUGUGCACUUAUUACAGUGUCCUUUAACAGAUUCAAUUCAGACUGGCACCACAACUAGUUUGCUGACGCUGCUUGAAGAAAAAGCCCCUACAAUCCUGAGAGAACAUGAAGAGACUAAGACGCUGUCGAUUUCCUCAAGAAAGAUUCUUGUUAAAGUUGCUGUCAGUGACCUUGUAGAGAAACAUGGAUUGUGAGUAUGGUUUGUUUAUUCCACGUAAGGUGUAUUUCUUUGCAAAUUCAUUAAAUUACAUUUAUUUAAAUAAGUUAUAUAUUAAAAUAAAUUCUACAUUUAAAAAAAUGUUUUAAAUAAAUAAAUUUAACAAUCAGUUUAUCCCAAUCAAUUCUAAAGUACCACUGUUUAGUCAGUUUUUUAUGUUUGUGAAGGAGCAAUUUGUGCAACUGUAUUUUUAUUUUUAAUUUUUUACUUUUUUUAGCUAUCCAUCUGGUACAGAAAAGCUGGCUCUAGCAAAAGAGAUUGUGUCAUUGUUCCCCUCGUUAAGGAUUCAGGUGCCCUUUGGGGAAAAUGAGGGACAUGUAAGAAUGUUUUUUACAAUAUAAACUGAAUUGUUUAGGAAUGUGUAUGCAAGUUGCUCAUGUAUACUUGACUUUAACUAGUUCUGUUUUUGCAUUACCAACAUCAGGAGCAUUUUUUUGAUGGGCCAUCACACAGUGGAUUUAUUGAAAUGAGAUUACGUAACAUCAGACGGAAGCUUCAACAGAGCCAGCGGGUGUACAGUUUGAAACGUCGUCAUUGUACACCGCAACCUUCUUUACCAAGUCCAGAUGAAACUGUACCAAGUGAGUGGUUGACUCUGAUAAAGAGGAUGCGACCAUCACCAGAGAAUUCAUCAUCAAUAAAGACUGCAAUCAAUCAAACCUUCAGUUACCGAAGGAGAUGGAUAACAACAAAAUCCCCAACUGUUGCUGAAAUCUUCAAGGAAUAUCCUAGAUUUCUUGACAUGCCAGCUUUGAUGGACAUUGAAUUUUCCAAGCUCACCGAUGGGAAAGAAGACUUGUUUAUCCGGAAAUGGGAAGGGACGAUAAUUCCAAGACUCAAGGAAAUAGCAUCCUUGGAGAAGAAAAAUGACAUCAGACACUUACAGGAGAAGGCUGAGAAUCAGCAUGAUGGUAUGAGUUUCAGCCAAAAUGUCUGUUGCAUGUGCAUACUUUUCUAAACAUAGGUUAAAUGAGAAAAUUUUAUGUGAAUAUUGAUAUUCUAUUCAAGAUAAAAUAUUAAUUCCAAAAAAAUUUUUAAUUUUUUUUUUUGCAUGUGACCUGUAUCUUCACUUCAAGAUGAACUGUGUUACACUAUGUUGAAGAUCCUUAUUCAUCUUCUUCCACCCACUGCAUCUGGGAGAAGUGUUGCUGGGAGUAAAUGCUGUGUGACUUCUGCUGUGUCCUACCUGUUGGAGCAAGUGCCGGUAUAGUUUUAUUGUGUUAGCUUGUGAUAAAUAAAAUUGUUUUUAAUGGAGCAACAUUUUCUAAUGCUUUUCAUUGUUUCAUUUUUGAAGGCUGGUACCAACGUUACAUCUUUGCUCGCUGAAUCCAUGAAUGGGACCCUGAAGUCAGCUCAGCCACAGUUGGUUUCCAUCGGUUCUCUAGGACAUGGAUCCCAGUACGUAAUUGUGGCAAAGAAUGACUCUUUUGCUCUUCCACUUGAUGUUGAAAGCCUGACCUGUGCUGUAGACAGACUUUUCAAAUUCUACUGGCUGUGCAACCUUCAGUAUCCAUGCCAACUGUCUUCUGUUUUUUCUUUUUUUGCGUAUAUAUAUGACCUGUCUUUGUCCCAGUCAUCUUGCAAACGAUAAAAGGUCAUGGAAUUGAUUGCUAAGGUGCAGUCUCGUACCUAAUUGAAAUAAGCAUGUACACCUGUCCAAAGUGUCUUCAAAAUGAUUUUGUUGAAACAAAGGGGUUAAUUUGGCAUUUAAGGGAAGUGCAUGCACUCUCUGAUAGUUACAACCUAACUUUAAUUUGUAGUCAAAAUGGUUGCCCAAGAACUUAUCAUAAUUUCAAUUCCUUUUUAAAACAUCUGAACAGAGAUCAUUUUAAAACGAAUUCAUGCCCUUCUGAAGAGUCAGGACAUACAAAGAACUUAGAUUUAUCCUAUCAAAUUGAUGAAAGCAGAAUAAAUAAUUUUGAGGAUAAUGUCCAAAUGUCUAAAACAGAGCUAGUUCCUCAGAGCAGUUUAAACCUAAAAGACUGUGCUGCAGCUUUUGCUGCCAGCAUGUAUGCCUCUUCUAAUGUAACUUAUACUGAUGUUCAAAAAAGUAUAACCUGCACAAAAGAAGUUAUUGAUCGUACCUUAGGUCAUUUGCAAGAAAAGACUAAUACUUUACUUAAGAACUUGGCAGUUCCGCUAGAUAGUGCUGAAGUUCAAACACUUAUGAAGGAUUUUGACUAUGCUAGAAACAUGUUUGGUGACAUAGAUACUACAUUUAAACUAACUAAGUACUUUUCUGACAAAUUUUCCUUUGAGAAACCAACAGAAGUGUUUCUUGGUCACAGAUUAGAUUGUCUUAGAAAGAAUGGGGGGAAAAGCCAGGCGCUUGUGCCUGUCACAUGUCAGUACAUCUCAAUAAUUAACACAAUUAAAUUUUUAUUUAGUUGUGACAAAAUGCAGAAUAUGUAUAUGCAGUCUUGCGGUGAACGAGAUACAAUGCAUGAUUAUUGUGAUGGUGCUCAAUAUUCUAAACAUCCUCUUUACCGAAACCAUCCAAAUGCAUUACAAAUUCAGUUAUACUUCGAUGACUUGGAAACAACUAAUCCUCUUGGAUCUAAAACAAAGAUUCAUAAAAUGGGGGCUGUUUACUUUGCUUUACGAAAUGUGCCGUCAGAAAAAAAUUCUGUACUUUCCAAUAUCCAUUUAUGUCUCUUAUUUAAUUCUAUUGAUAAAGACAUUUAUGGUUUUGACAAAAUUUUGGAACCUCUUAUAACAGACUUAAAAGAAAUUGAGCAGAAUGGUAUAGAGGUCAAACUACACGAUAAACAUCAAUUACUUUUUGGAACAGUCUGUUUGCUGACAGCGGACAAUCUUGCCUGUCACUCACUCUGUGGCUAUGUGGAAAGUUUCUCUGCAAACCGAUUUUGUCAAUUUUGUCUAAUUGACAAAUCAAGUUCCCAGAUUAUUUUUGAUGAAAAUAAUACAGAGAGACGUACAAGGGAAAACUAUGCAUACCAUGUACAACUCAAUGAUGCAAGUGCAACCGGUGUCAAACAGAACUCAUGCCUAAACAGCCUACAGUAUUUUCAUGUCACUGAGAAUAUUGGUGUACACUGUAAUCCCGAAUAAGUUGACAAAACUCAAAAAAUUUGAGGUAA